AUGCCGAAGUGCUCAAUCCGGAAACUCCAUGAACCAAGGGCACCGGAUAUUGCUGCAGUGGAAUCGGAUGGGAAUUCAAGUGCACCGAAAACUCCAGCUGAACCGGAAGUUACUCCGGAAUUGACCCCAGUGGACCCGGAAGUGGCUUCAAGUGCACCGGAAACUCCAUCUGAACCGGAAGUUACUCCGGAAAUGACUCCAAUGGACCCGGAAGUGGCUUCAAGUGCACCGGAAACUCCAGUUGAACCGGAAGUUACUCCGGAAUUGACCCCAGUGGACCCGGAAGUGGCUUCAAGUGCACCGGAAACUCCAUCUGAACCGGAAGUUACUCCGGAAAUGACCCCAGUGCACCCGGAAAUGGCUUCAAGUGCACCGGAAACUCCAGUGGCACCAGAGGUGACUUUUGCGGCACCCGAAGUGACCGCACCGGCGCUGAAAGCAUCUUCACUUAAACGAGGAGUGACCCAAACGUCAACGGAAGUGACCCCAUUGGCACCGGAAGUGGCUUCAAGUGCACCGAAAGUGACCCAGAUGCCGCCGGUGACACUGGUGGGCUGGUUCAACCUGGGGCACUCCCAGGGGCAGUACCUUGGUUGCCUCGGGGGCCCCCACGGAGGGGGCCACAGUACCGUGGUGGGCAGCUGGACGGGCACCCCCGUCAGGGCUGCCAAUCUCACCUUCACUUGGCAGGCUCCCCAGGCUGAUGUUGGUACCAUUGUUUUCAUUGCCAGUGUCUUGCUCAGUGGCGCCACAGAUUACAAGAUCUUCAAGUCCCAGGAACUGGAGCUCAACUUCUACCCAGUGUCAACCCAGCAGUGUGCCAUCCAGCAGAGCUGCUUCCGCUACUGCCCACCACGCACCCUGGCACUGGCCAGGCGGCGGCCCGAGCCGCGGCCUGGCCGGCGGAUCUCGGGCUGGUGCCCAGCCCACGCUGCCCGCUACUUGGCCACCUUCACCUUCACACCUCCACCACCCCUCCGCCCACCACCCACCACCCUCACUGUUACCCUAGGUGGCCGCCUGACCCACCCAAAGGCCUACCUGGGCCUAGGCUUCAGCAAGGACGUCUCCCGGCUGGUGAACACUGACCUCAGUGUCUGCUACAUCAAUGACAGUUACACUGUGCAGGUUGAACACUAUCUACUGCAUGAUGCUGCAGCCAACCCUCAACUCCAGCACCAGGUUCUAGAGCUGGAGUCCUGGGACCUGGACGGUGACUACUUGUGGUGUACCUUCAGCCGCACUCUAGCUCCUGGGCCCAACAGCACUCUCAACCUUCUAGAACCACACUUCUACUUAUACUUCUGGGGAACCAGGAACGGUUCUACAAUCUUGAUGCCACCAGCGGGACGGAUGCUGCGGUCUCCCAAGAUGAUCUCUGCCUCAGAUAAACCCUUCAACCAGUUGGUUUAUAGUGGAGCUGUUUCAGACAUGCCCCCACUGUUCUCCGUUGCUGUUGUCCUCUCCGUAAUGCUAUGUUAAAG